AUGGACCGUGAUUCCGAAAUGUACAGCUACUCCGACCCUGCUUUUUCAUCCGGCGCUUAUGGAGCGGGAAUGAGAAGCGUGAGCGAACAGGACACCAUCUCAGCACCUUUGCCUUACGCUUCAACCGGCGCGGCAMCUUUUCCUCUCCGCGCUGAUUUCCUCACACAACCCAAACACUCGAAUAAUCACCAUCAUGUUGGCCCAAUGAAUCCUUCAGACGGAACCCAAAUGUCAACUCAUGGGAGUUUGGCGCAACACGGUACCUCGCAGAUCGGCAGGGACGUUACGAGUGCAGGGCGCGCUACAUCAUCCUUGCAGCCCUCGACUACUUCUCAUCAUGAUGGUACUCCCGCAAAGUCAUUCACUCAUUCACAUCGAAUCCCAGACCUGGAGCUCAACAUCCCUCCUCCUGUUACCCGAGCCUCGCRAUUCAUACGACAUCUUAGACAGAUUGCGCUGGAGUGCGUGAAGCACGGAGGCGCGGAGGGCGAGAUCUACCGCUCGACCGCAAUAGUAUACCUCUAUGCUUCCGCUGGUCUUACGCUAUGGAGGUACUACGCGCCAGAAUUGCAAGCUUCGCUCGAGGACUCCUGGGACAAGGAGGAAACGAACCCGAUCAACCUGGGAGAAGGCUCUCAAUACCUCCACACCAUGCGCAAGCAUCUACAUGAUGUCCAUGGGCCUAGGUCUGCGAGCCAAGCCUACGUUAUGUCGCAGCCCGCCGUGCUUGUCACAAAAGUAAAAGGCUAUCUCUUCGGCCAACUGCUUCGGAAAGCGCAGGAAGACGGGCUUGCAACAGACAGGUUCCAGCUCCCUGUCGACAUGCAAACAGCCAUCGGCCUGGUCAUGGGUAAUCCCGACACUCUGCGCUCAGACGUUGCAGAGGUCAUGUGCCUUACCCGACUGCUUGACCCAGGCUGUGACUUCUUGGUUAGGCMGGAGUCAAUUAUGAGCACGUUUGCCGAAGCUCUCCGCGCACAGCUUGACGGCGAUGGCUUCACGCAUUCCACAAUAUCUGCUCCAGCUACGACUUCCACCAGCAGCCAAGAGGACAUGCAGGAUGUUCAUAUACCCAGAUUUUUGGAGGGUUUCGGUCCGAUGCCACCACGUCACCCAAGUACAGUAGACGAGGAUGCUGCGGCAUACGACAGCUACUUCACGACGACAGCACGGUUGAGGCUUGAGGUCAAGGAUUCGGAAGCCAAACAAGCUUCUGACCUUGCGGAUGUGAUAAACAGCUCUCACUCCUACCAAAGGCAAAUCUACGAGGCAAUGUGCAUGGAGCCAAGUGAUCCCGUAGCGACAGCAAAGGCCACAGCMAGCUUCCGAAAGACUCUCGAGAGUUUCAAGCCAGAUCUUGAGCCCAGCCGGGUGAUGAUGCUCACAGCCAUGAAGCAGCUGACUGUGAUCAUCGAUCUUCACCAGAAUGGGACUCAGCUCUUGACGCGCGAGAGGAACCCUAUCACCGCAACUGGCGACAAGUAUGCUAAGAAAAAGGAUCUGGAAAUGAGCAUCAAGGAUCGCAUUAACGAGGUGAAGAAGGCGUACCGGGAGGAGAAGUUGAUCGCUUCGGAUUGCUGCACCGAACGGACUAAGAUCCAUCGACUGGCUUGGAGUCCUACAGUCUACCAAAUGAUGAAGCGACAUCAUGCUGGGAGUAAUGACGUCAAGGCAAAGAGUAAGAAAGACUCUGAUAAGGCGCUGGGGAUUACCACGGGCAGACCGCGCGCUCCUCAGUAA